AUGGGUUGUGUUAUUUGGUUGUGUGUGGGUGGGUGUGUGGGGUGUGGUUGGUUGGUGAGAUUGGGGGUGUUGAUGUUAGGUUAUAUGGGUGGGUGGGGGUUGUGGUUAGUUGGGGGGGUUGGUAGUGGUGUUGUGAUGGUUGGUUUGGGUGUGUUGGGUGGGGGGUGGUGGGGGUUAUGGAUUGGGGGGAGGUGGGGGGAUUUGGUGGUUGUGGGUGGGAUGUUGUUUGGGUGGUUGGUUUUGUGGUUGGGUGUUGGGAGUUGUGUGUGUGGGGUUGUGGUUUGUUGGGUGUGGUUUGUGGGUUUGUUGGGGGGUUUGGUGUGGUGUUGGUGUUGGGUUGUGUUGGGUGUUGGGGUUUGUGGGUGUGGUGUGUGUGGUUGUUGGUUGUUGGUGGGGUUUUGGUGGUUUGUUGGGGUUGUGGUGGUGUUGUUGUUUGGGUGUUGUGGGUGUUGGUGUUGGGGGUGUUUGUUGGGGGUGGUGGUUGUGUUAUGUGUGUGUUGGUGUGGGGUGUGUGUUGUUGUGGUUUGUUGGUUUGUGUGGUGGGGGUGUGGGGGGUGGGUUGUGUUUGUGUUUGUGGGUGUGGUUGUGGUGGGGGUGUGGUUGGUGUGUGGUGUUGUUGUGGUGUGUGUGGGUUGUUGGGGUGGGGGGGUUGGGUUGGUGGGUUGUUGUGGGUGGUGUGUUGGUGGGUGUUGGGGUUGGGUGGGUGUUGGUGUGGUGUGGGGUGGGUUGUGGUUGGUGUUUGUUUUGGUGUUUGGGGGUGUGGUGUUGUUGGUGGGUUUGGUGGGGUGUUGGGUGGGUGUGUGGUGGGGUGGGUUUGGGGUGUGGGUGUGGUGGUUGGGGUGUGGGGUGGUUGUGUGGGGUUUGGGUGUUGGUGUUGGUGGUGGUGUGGGGUGUGGGGUGGUGGUGUUGGGGGUGGUGGGGGUGGGGGUGGUUGGUGGUUGUGGUGGUUGUGGGUGUGGUGGGGUGGUUGGUGGGUGUGGGGUGGGUGGGGGGUGGUGUGGGUGGUUUGGUGGGGUGGGUGGUGUGGUUGGUUGUGGUUGUUUGGGUUGUGGUUGGUGGGGUUGUGGUGGUGUGUGGGUGGGUGUUGUGGUUGUGGGGUGUGGUUGGGUGUUGGUGGGGGUGUGGGGUGGUUUGGGUGGUGGGGUGGUGUUGUUUGUGGGGGUGGUGUGUGUUGGGUGGUGUGUUGUUGUGGUUGGUUGGGUGUUGUGGUUGUUGGUGUGGGUGGGGUGUGGGGUUGUUUGGGUGUGUUGUGGGUUGGUUGGUGUUGUGGUUGGUGUUGUGGUGGUGGUGGUUUGGGUGGUUGGGUGUGGUGUGUGGUUGGGUGGGUGUUUGGUGUGGUUGGUGGGGUGUUGGGUGUGGGGGGUGGUGGGGUGGGGUGUGGGUUGGUGGUGGGUGUGUUGGGUGUUGUGGUUUGGUGGUUGGUUGGGUGGGGUGGGUGUGGUUGUGGGUGUUGUUGGGUUGGUGUGGUUUGGGGGGUGGGUGGUUGGUGGUGUGGGGUGGUUGGUGUGGUUGGGGUGGUUGUGGGGUGUGUUGGUUUGGUGUGUGUGUUGGGUGUGGGUGGUGGUUGGGGUGUGGUUUUGUUGUGUGGUUGUGUUUGUGGGUGGGGUGGGGUUGGGGUGGGUGGUGGUGUGUUGGGUGGGUUGUGGGGUGGUGUUUGGUGUGGGUUUGGGUUGGGUGUGGUUUUGGUGGGGGUGGUGUGGGGUGGUUGGGGGUGAUUUGUAUUGUGGGUGUGGAGUUAUGGUGGUGGUGAGUUUGGAGGUGGUGUGGGUGUUUUGGGGUGGGUGGGUUGGUGAUGGGGUUGUGUGGGGUGGGUGGUGGUUGGUUGUGGGGUUGUAUGGUGUGGAGGUGGUUGUGGGGUGGGUGGGGUUGUGGUUAGGUUGUGAGGUUGGGUGUGGUUUGGGUGGUGUUGUGGGUUGUGUAGGGUGGAUGUUUGUGGUGUUGUUGAGUUGUGGGUGGAGUGUGGGUUUAGGUGUAGGUGGGAGAGUUAUGAGGGUGUUGUGUGGUGGAGUGGUUGGGUGA